CGCCUCAAAACAACCAGAGAAAUAAAACAAAUCAGCGGGUGAGCACAGCAACGCGUACUGGCGGCCCCGUCUUGGUCCUGGCCUGGGUCUGGGGGCCGCCGCGCAGAGACCGCCGGGCCAAAGGCGUCCAGAGUGUGUCCGCCGCCGCCUCCUCGUUCAUCAUCGUCGCCUUUUCUCCCUUAUUAUUAUUAUUAUUAUUAUUAUUAUUAUUAUUAUUAUUAUUAUUAUUAUUCCCUUCUCCCUGCGGCGGCGGCGAGGGAGAGAAGGGAGGAGGAGCGCCUGGCCUUCCUCCACACCGGUUAGAAAAGAAGAACAACAUGUUAUAACCACCACCAUCACCACCAACACCACCAUCACCACCAACACCACCAUCACCACUAUGGCAACCACCACCCCCACCACAUGGCUGCCACCAACACCACCACUACCAGUACAGCAACCACCACCACCACCACCACCACCACUCAGCCCACCGUCAUAGAGAGUGGGCGGCCUCACCCUUUCCUGCCCUCGUAUUUGCUGGACAGUGUGGAGGAUGGCUUGGGCAGCAGUGGCAGCAGUGAGGUGGCGGCCGGCGGAGGGGGAGAGAGACAGGCGGAGAAGAACGUCAAGGUCCAUUUCAAUUCUUCCUUCAGCGUUGUCAAGUACAGGGACAUCAAGGCCAGCUCUAGAGGAUCUGCUGGGCAGCGACACCCUCAGCCCUCCAGUGUACACAGACCUUCCUACAGAAGUCUGGACAGCUUGACAGAAUCUAGCCCCCACCCGGGGACCCAUCUUCACUACAACCACAGCAGCAAGCAACCUGUGCUGGCGUGGUCCCAUGGCCUAACCAGCCCCCUAAAACACUCAAGAAGAAGUGUGUGUUUUGAGAGAUGGCUCACAAAUUCCAGGCUCAGAGUCCAACUUUUCCUCAUUGGUCUGCGGGCCGUGGGAGUCACGUGUCACCCUCCCGAGCUGCCGGUCUUGGUGGUGCCCAGGCUGGAACACUCCCCGCCCAGUGUUGUGGCACCUGAGGAGGCACUCGAGGUCCAGGAUCGCGUCAUGCUAGCCGCCAGACACGUGGUGAGGGACGUCUCCUGCAAGAACUGCGGCGCCAAGCUUGGGUGGAUCUACGAGUUUGCUACAGAGGAGAACCAGCGAGAGGUGACCGGCUGCCUCUCCUGCUGUCUGGCCGUUCAUCUCAGCAAGUGACUGGAUGCUGGAACUCUGUCUCUCUCUCCUCCGUCCACCCUCAGAGCUGCUGUAAGAGUCACCUCCUCCUCCUGCUAGUGUGUUGUGCAUCACCGUGCCCCGGCAGCCUGGUGUGUGUGGUGGAGGAGGAGAGGAGACGCCUACAAUAGGACUGGUCUCAUCUCCCACACCAUCUUGGAGGGCUGAGUCUGGUCCCCUGGGCUCACUGGAGGGCUGAGUCUGGUCCCCUGGGCUCACUGGAGGGCUGAGUCUGGUCCCUGGGCUCACUGGAGGGCUGAGUCUGG